AUGCCAACGACACCGCCACUGGAAAUUGUAAGAUCAAUAUCACAAGAUACCGAAUCCUUUGUCACUCAAUCCUCAGUGAUAUCACAAGAAGAGCUUGAAACGACACAAGAAUCAUCGGAGCAAGAAGAUUUGGUCGCAAGCAAAUACCGCAAAAUGCUCCAAAUGGGAAUUCCGUUACUGGCCAUUGAAUUCGGCAUGGCCAUUAACGGGGUGAAUCCAGACAUCAUGACUUCUAUACUGAAAGAAGAAGAUACUCCAGUCUCGGAUCCUCCUUGGUUCCGACCAAAUUCAGAAAGGUUGAUUCCAGAAGAGGAACAUGAUCAGGAAUAUGAAGAAAGACGGUGA